AUGGCUCAAACUCAGAUGCCUGUGCAAGACCAACAGUUUAGUCCCCAUGGAGACUCCCGCGAAAACAGGACAAGGAAUGUGAACUUACCUCAAGGUAACGACACUCAGGAUUGGAAAGCUUUGCCAAACGAUACUCUGGACCAAUAUAAGGUUAAUUAUCCCGAGCAAGCUGAGAGCCUACAAACAAUUUUUAACAGGCUACAAGCCCUCAAAACCUUUGUUGAUAGCAACUCAAAUCAUCCUGAUGAGUUUUACAAAGUGGCCACGCAGACAGUCAAUGGUUUGCGUAAAACUAGCGUCCAAUCUGGCAUGUCUGCUGGGACUCCUGAGGCUGAUCAAUUCACCACAUUACUUGAUUUUACUGUCGAUGUGGGAGGCGUAGAAGAGCUGAAACGGUUUAUGCAGUACUGCUUUGAGGAAUAUUAUGUUUUAGAAAAAGAAUCAGACAAUAAUACCACUAAGGCAGAAAGUAAGAAAUAUAGGGCAUGUUGCGCUUGUCUUUUUAAUACCUUAGCGAUAAUACAAAACUUUGCAGACUUCCACCAAGGAUUUUGUUCAGCGUGUGUGAAUGCUGGUGUCAUUUCAAUGUGCCUUGAAAACGUGAAACGAAUUGAUGCUGAAAAUUUGAACUGGGAAGAAGGAGAUGAAGACUCGGAGCCAGUUAUAAUAAUUGACAGCUGUCUUGGAAUUUUGUAUAACAUUUCACAACGGUUCAAGAACCGUGACCUGUUUGCAAACAGUCUCGAAACGCUACUUUGUUUGGCCAAGAAGAACUUAAGAGAGAUUGCAGCCCACUCUCUGCUUACUCUGGCGUAUUUAGUUGAUGAAAACACAAAUCAUCUCAUUUUGGCGGAAGAAACCUUGCUCAGCUUUAUAAUAACAUUGUUAGAUGAGGCAUGGCAGUCAGAAGAACGCCGUUCGAUUGGAUAUACUGUAAAGGAGCUCGCAGAAGGCCUCAGCCAUCUCGCCAUCAACGACACAAACAAGAAAAUUCUUGGACAAAAAGGAGCCACGCGUGUUUUGAUUUCAGUCAUCAAAACGUCCAGCGAAGAUGCGGAAAAAGUAAGUGCUAUUAAAGCAUUGUGGAUGUUAGCCUUUGAUGACAACAACAAAAAAGCUAUACGCCAAGAAGACGGAGCGGUGGGCCUUUUACGUAAUUUACAAGACAGUAAGGACUCACAAGUACAAAGGGCCGCUGCAGGUGCCUUGUGGGAGGUCGAAGGGAAGACAGCUAGGCACGCGGAGAGGACCGAAUCGACAGGGAAUCACGUGAUGAUCAGCUACCAAUGGGAUUCCCAGGAAGUGCUGAUCGAAGUAAAAAACAGACUUCAAGCAAGUGGAUACAGAGUGUGGAUGGAUCUGGAACAAAUGAGAGGAUAG